GGAGGCUGAGCGAGCGGGAGGGCUGGUUGCUAAGCCUUGGGAAAGGGAAACGCUUACGCCUUUCUCCUCAGUCAAAGCCCUGCCAAGGAUGGACCCCCUGGGUUCCAUGGAGCAGUUUGAGGACAAGAAAGCUGGGAGCCCACACCCAGAGCCUGCUCCGUGGCAAGCCCUUCCUGUCCUGUCGGAGCAGCAGUCCAGGGAUGUGGAGCUGGUGCUGGCCUAUGCCGCGCCCAUCCUUGACAAGCGCCAGACCUCGAGACUCCUCAAGGAAGUAUCAGCCGUCCAUCCGCUGCCUGCCCAGCCUCACCUCAAAAGGGUUCGGCCGAGCCGUGAUGCCAGCCGUCCACACACGCUGGAGAUACUGCUGUGCUUGGCGGGGCCAGCUAUAGGCACACGAUCUCUGGCUGAGCUCCUCCCCUGGCCAGCAGUGGACCCCCGUGGCCUGGGGCAGCCCUUCCUGGUGCCUGUGCCCGCCUGGCCGCCCCUGACCAGGGGCCAGUUUGAGGAGGCACGAGCCCACUGGCCCACAUCCUUCCAUGAGGACAAGCAUGUGACCCGUGCCCUGGCUGGGCGGCUUUUUUCGGCACAGGAGCAGGCUGAAAUGCAAGGCUACAUGGAGCGGGCUGUGCAGGUGGCACAACAGGCAGCUGCCAGGGGCCUAAGGGCUGUGGGGGCUGUGGUGGUGGACCCAGCCUCAGGACGGGUGCUGGCCACAGGCCAUGACUGCAGCAGUGUGACCAGCCCCCUGCUGCAUGCCACCAUGGUGUGCAUUGACUUGGUGGCCCAGGGCCAGGGUCAAGGUACCUAUGACCUCAGGCCUCACCCCGCCUGCUCAUUCUCCCCAGCUGUUGCCCCUCUGGGUGUCCAGACCAUCUCUGUACGCAAGAUGGAUGAAGACUUGGGCAUGGAGGAGGAUGGCCUCCCCUACGUGUGCACUGGCUACGACCUCUACAUUACCCGCGAGCCCUGUGCCAUGUGUGCCAUGGCCCUGGUGCACUCCCGUGUGCAGCGUGUCUUCUACGGGGCACCCUCCCCCGACGGUGCCUUGGGCACCCGUUUCCGCAUCCACGCGCAGCCUGACCUCAACCACCGUUUCCAGGUGUUCCACGGCGUGCUGGGGGCCCAGUGCUGCCGGCUGGACCCCGACACGUAGGCCCCG